UUGUUUAAGUGCAGACCAGACAUAAACUAGUUGAGAAUAUAAGAGCUGCAAAUUACACGUCCAAUCUGCAUCCAAAACGAUUGUGCUGGAUCAUACGAGUCGCAUCAACGUUGGCUCGUCUAUAUUGGAAUCCACCCAUGAAUGAACUUGCUGUCGUUCACCGGUGGAUUACAUGGAACUGAAUCGAGAUUUAAUCAUCAUUGAGAGAAAUUUAGUUUCGUGGAGGGUAGAGAAGAAAUCUGAUGAUGAGCGAGCGGUUCCUGAGAUCGAAGUAUGACUCUACGAAUAUCUCCCUCCAAUACGCGAUGCAAAUGCAAAUGGGAAGAGAGAAUUGUGAGCUGAUAUCGAGGAUUAAGGAACGGGAAUCCUUCAUGAUUUGUUCAUGCGAUUCACUAUCAUUAGAAAUGGUUGUCCACUCAAAUUGAAGUAGUAAAUCUCAACAACUUACACAAAAGAGAAAUAGUCCUGGUGGAGAAGUCGGUGCUGACGUCGUUGGCACGCAGUCACAACGAUUCUUCCUGUAAUCUCUCGAACGAUCCUUCCCUGAGGAACGGACAUACGUACAUCACACGGAGGAGGACGAGGAGGGGAGGGAACGAGCUUCUUCACUCGAUCAGAUACUUCGAAGAGCGAAUUGGGAACUGAACAGCCGGAGCUUGGAUUGUGUGCGCCAGCUUUAGGUAUUACGGCAUCCGUCUGGGAGAUUUGUUGGACGUAGUGAGCGAUCGUUCAGUGACGCAGGUCGGGAAGAUUUCUCCUCCUACUUGAGGACGGAAGGUUUGGAGGUUUUGACUGGAAGAAUGGAAGUGGAAAAUACGAGUGGAGGAGGAGGGCAGGAUUUGAUGGAGCUGGAAGCAGGGUGCGUCGCCAGGGAGCGAACGAGAAGAUUCGAUGAUAGCAGCGCCGCCCUUGCGGAGAAACUGUUGCAAGGAUGGACCUUGCUCAACGAACACUGCCCUCAGUGCUUGACUCCUCUCGUCCGCAACAGGCAGAAGCAAGUAUACUGUGCAGUAUGUAAGCAGUGGGUUUUGAGUGAGGCAGAAGCUGCGGCUAAAGCUCUGCAACAGAGAGUCGAUCGGACAGAGGCAGCUGAACAAGCUCUUACGGCAAGCUCUGCGCAACAGCUGAGUACGACUCCGAGUGUUACCUCUGGAAACCAAGGUCCACCAUCUCCAGGACACCGAAGCAACGGGAAGGGCAAUGCAGUGAACCUUUCGAGAUUAUCACUCUCCAACUUAAGAUCGGAAGAUGAGAAGGUGCAAGAGGGAAGAAAUCCAAAGAGAUUUGCCUCAUCAGAACCUGGUAACGAUGGUACAGCUAGAACAGUGAUGGUUGAUGGGAAGGAGAACGGAACUAGUCGUCCGGGUAUUACUGCCGGCUCAUUUCAAGCCCCUGAUGCAGGUCAUGCAACUUCUCCAUCGUUGCAGUCGAAGCCUGCUUUAGCUCUUCAACCGGCAGAGAAACCAUUUCUUCUCGGUGAACGGAGGGUUGCAAACAAUACUUUGUCGACCUUGAACGAAAAACUAGAGAGCAUUCAACAGCUGAUUCACGUCACACAGGAUGUGAACGAGUUGAGACAGCUCUUUGUUGUUCUAGAGGAGUGCAUCCAUGCCAUCGAGAUCACCAGAAAUCACGCGAAGAGUGCGGAGUAAGAGGAACUCCACAAUUUCAGCUCCAGGUAUCUUGCUGUCGUCGGAGGUUGGACUCUCUUGUGCUCCUCACUUUUCGUACAUCUAACUCUAUCUAGGUCAAGAAGUUGCGACCUUCAGUCACACUUUUGGCAUGAAUGUUGCAUUCUGAUCCUCUGAGGCCGUCAGCGAAGCAGAUGAAAGAGACGAAGUAUAUCGAGGGUAAGCUCUUGACAGGGUUUUUCACUCCUCGUACCAUUCAAAGGGAAUCGAUUUGAUCCUUGGCUCCAAGAGCACCGGCCAUUCGACGCAGAGGUUAUGAUUGUCACGUAAUAUCUGUCGAACAUGUCAUAGCAUAGGAGGUGCGUGGAGAUAUUACUUACAAUCUUGUGUCAAUCGUUGACAACAAGCUGGCCACGUUGUAGAUUAAAUUACUGAGUUGCGUGUUAUCGAUGGUUUAAGCCUCAUAUUUUUGGCUUGCAUCACUGGACUUCUUUGUGUAGCGGGUCACUACUGCGGGUUAGAAUGGAACUGCAGAGCACGAAGUGUUGUUUUACUUCUCGACUUUGCUCGGUGAAGAGAGGCAUCUGAUUUAUUAAAGGGGCUCAUCUCUAUUUUCUGAAAAGAAAUCGCGAAAUAUCAAAGUUAGGCAAGGGUUACAGAUGUAUAUGUGUUGUCUUCACCUCUCAUGCGGAGCUCUCCUGAAGCAUGGGGAAUGAGGCUCAAAGCCUUCCUGUUACUAAUUUCUUCAACCAUUCUGUGCGAAAGAUUUGUGAACUUUGGCCCUGCCACAGGUUUCAACUUA